UGGAGGGGUUGCUGUUGAUGUGCAAAUGUGCAUCAUAUUGAGAGCUUGUGAAUAGGGAGGUGUGACGUAGAAAGAGAGCAGAACGCAGGUGCUUAUCUCGGGGCUGUCACAGACAUAGUGUGUCAUAUUCCUGGGGACUACCUUUCAAAAGCCACCGGCUCCAGCGCUAGAGCAUCCGCCGAGCAGGGAGCACAGAAUCCGCAGCUAACUUUCAGCAUCAGUCAAAGCAUGAAUGUCACACUCGCGUCUUAAAAGAGCUGAAGAAACGUGUGUGCAGUAAGCAGAGCGGCCCUCGGGACCUCACACAACAUCUCAUUCAUUACAGGCUAAACACAACAAGAUGGAGUCUGACAGUGAAGAGAAUCGCAUUCUGCCUGACUGCAUCGCUGAGGCACCCAGCUUGCAUUUGGGAGCGGGUAAAAAGCGGGCGGCCGCAGAAGGGGCUCGCGGGGCGCCAGUCAACAAGCGGAAAUCACUCCUGAUGAAGCCUCGCCACUACAGUCCCAGUCCCUGCCCCAGCGAGGGGGACGGCGAGGACCUGGCAACCGCACAGGACAAAGACGCACCCAGGAACACUGACACUCCAGCAGAUAAAGACCUUCUGGAAGACUCCAUCUAUCACAACACGAAGCCUCACCACUUGUUGUCCUGGUCGGAUCAAGCCAGCGAAGGUUCGCCAGAUCUAGACACUCACAUCUCCGAACACCAGAACCAGCGAGACGAGGAGAACAACCAGGACUUUGAAGCCAAAAACCAAGAGGACAUCAGAGCUGGCUUUCACCUGUCUCCAGAUAGAGAAGAAGACGAGGAAGAAUGGAGCGCUCCGGCAUCUCUAACACCAGUCAACGGGAUCAAUCACAGCCCCAGCCCGCCUGCAGACGACGCUCUAAUGAAAAGGCUCCGGAUGGGACAGCAACUCCAUGAAGACGCUUUCUCCAUGUUCAUGAACAGAAACAGCGGAGGAGCUUUGAUGGAGGAGUACGGAUCUGCUAGAGAGUUCAGCGACAGCGAGGAGGAGCUCAGGAUGGAGGAGCGGGGAGGCGUUUGGGGUCCCGGGCUGGUGGCCAGGCGUCUGGAGCUGGACCGAGCUCGGCUGAACCUCAGUCUUCUAGAGCAGGCCAUGGUGCUGCAGUCUGAGCACAGACAGGUUCUCCACAGUGCCUAUAAAGAUAUGGACCGCUUCUUCUUGGAGCAGAUGAAUCACGAACGAAGGCAGCAGAGGAUGAUGGAGAUGGAUGCUCGCAGCUUGUACCAUAGCAACAAAGACUCUCCCCGCACAGAGAAGAAAGACAUCAAAUGUCCGACCCCAGGCUGCGACGGGACGGGUCACGUGACAGGCCUCUAUCCUCAUCACCGGAGUCUGUCUGGAUGUCCUCACAAAGUCCGUGUGCCCCCAGAGAUUCUGGCCAUGCAUGAAAACGUCCUCAAAUGUCCGACGCCUGGAUGUACAGGAAGAGGUCAUGUUAAUAGUAACCGUAGCACGCAUAGAAGUCUCUCGGGUUGUCCGAUCGCAGCCGCUGAAAAGAUCUCCAAACCUCAGGAGGAUCCUGUAAAAUGCAGACCGACGGCAGAGAGAAUGACCAGACCUUUAGGAAACAUGAAGAAAUUUGACUUCACAUACAGAUUUGCACAUCCUAUGGCAGCGCUGCAGGCCAGCAUGGCCAAAGACAUAGACAAGUUCAAUAAAGGCCACUUCGACUACGCCAGUUUUGACGCCCAGGUCUUUGGCAAGCAGGCUCAGAUGGCAUCCGAGCAGAGUCACGAAUCUUCACACUUUGACUCACUCAUCGAGGUGGACGAGAACGGGACGCUGGAUUUAAGCAUGAAGAAGAAAAGAGAAAAGGCCGGAGAUUCUCCAGUUAUGCCGGCUUUAGGAGACGCUCUCUUCAGUCCAGCUGAGCCUUCACUGGCCAAAACAGCGGGUCUCCAGAUCUCACCAGCCAUUUACAGAGUCCUCUAUGAACAGGACGCCUGGGACACACCGCUCAACUACAGCAAAACACCUGCACAACACGACAAAGAGAUGGAUCAGUUGGAGAAGGCGUCUCUUGAAGAUAAAGUCUACAAUGGCGACAUGAACAUGGCAAAAAACAAGAUGCUCAUAAGAGAUGCCAAGAAAGAGCUGAUGAGUUGUCCAACACCAGGUUGUGAUGGCAGUGGUCAUGUGACAGGAAAUUAUGCGUCACACAGAAGUGUAUCCGGUUGCCCGUUGGCUGAUAAGACGCUGAAAUCACUAAUGGCUGCUAAUUCUCAAGAGCUAAAGUGCCCGACUCCUGGCUGUGACGGCUCGGGUCAUGUGACAGGAAACUAUGCAUCUCAUAGGAGUCUGUCAGGCUGCCCUCGUGCCAGGAAAGGAAGCUUGAAGCUCACGCCAAGCAAAGAGGACAAAGAAGAGCCAGAGAUAAAGUGCCCUGUGGCAGGCUGUGAUGGUCAAGGCCACGUGUCUGGAAAAUACACGUCCCACCGCAGCGCAGGAAGCUGCCCGAUCGCCACCAAACGUCAGAAGGAGAGCCCGCUGAACGGGUCGGCCUUCUGGAAGGUGUGCAAACAGGAGCUCCCUCACUGCCCUCUGCCUGGCUGCAACGGUCUGGGUCACGCUAACAACGUCUUUGUCACACACAGGAGUUUGUCAGGAUGUCCACUAAACGCCCAGAGCAUCAAGAAGAAACUCUCUGAUGAAGAAAUGAUGACCAUCAAGCUCAAAACCAGCAGCGGUGUUGAAAACAGUGAGGACAUGCAGCACUUGGAUCACGAAAUAAAAGAGCUGAACGAGUCCAAUCUGAAGAUCGAAGCAGACAUGAUGCAGCUCCAGACUCAGAUCUCCUCCAUGGAGUGCAACCUGAAGACGAUCGAGGAGGAGAAUAAAAUCAUCGAGCAGCACAAUGACAGUCUGUUGAAGGAGUUAGCCAGGCUCAGUCAGGCACUCAUCAACAGUCUGACAGACAUACAGCUACCGCAAAUGGGCCCGAUCAACGAGCAGAACUUUGAAGCGUACGUGAACACGCUGACGGAUAUGUACAACAGCUCGGAGCAGGAGUAUUCACCUGAAUGCAAAGCCUUACUGGACAGCAUCCGGCAGGCCAUCAAGGGCAUCCACGUAUAAGAGCUGCGGCGUCUGUGCAAGAAACAACACGAAUACUCCAUUCCAACAAAAACAAAAACGCAUUGCACUGAAAAAAAAAAAUACCAGCCACAAUUUUUACAGCUCAAUGUUCCUUUUAGUACCUCCUUUUGCACUUAUUUAUUUCCUAUGGGUUGCUUGACUUCUGUAUCGUUCUUUUGUGUGUUAUAUUAUCGCUACAUAUUAUUAUUACCUUUACUAUUUAUCUCACUUUAAUAUUAUUUAUUUAUUUAUUACUAUCACAAUUGGUUUAUUUAUUUAUUUAAUUCAUUUUUUUUUUUGCUGCAACUUCAAAAUGCAAGGCCAAUCUUACAUAUUGUGAUUUUAAUUUAUUUGCAUUCGUUGUACAAUAACUAGGAGUUUUGAAUGGUUCAGAAUAUAUCACCGGCAUUUGUGAGGAUUUUUUUAAAUUAUUAUUAUUAUUAAUAACUGAUGUCAAAUGUAAGAAUAGUCCACUUGUGCCACCUGUCGGUGAGCAGUUGUUAUUGCAACACUCUUAUUUUAUUUUUAAUCACUCGCCACUGAUUGUCAUGCAUAAAUCUAAAUAAGUGAGCUAAAAGAAAAUAUUUUAUGUGAUUAGCUCGUUGAAAGACUGUAUAGUGAGCAAAAAUCAAGCACACACACACAAACAAACACACACAUAUUUGCGUUUCUGUUCAUAUGAACUGCCUUUGGUGUGCACCAUGUGUGCAUAUAUGUGCCUAAAUGUAAAUGAGUACAUGGAAUAUGAAUAUGUUUUGUGGUAGAGCAGUAUUACGUGAAUGGUGAUUCAUUUUACUCUGCAGUAUAUUUAUUUUCCGAAUGAAAAGCCUCCGAACUCUGUUUACCGACUGUUUGUACGCCAUUUUAAGUACUACCGUAUGUAAGGAUAUUCUUGUAACACGUGUUUUACGAUCAGGCACAAUGAGGUUUUUAUUAUUUUCUGAACUCCUUGGCUUCUUUCGUGAGACAAACAGUGGAUGAUAUUUUCUUAAAGUACUUCAUCAAUGGACAAAUUUGCAGCGAAACAACCGCGUUAAAUCUGUCCCACUUGAUUUUUGCGUUGUUUACCUGCAGGAGCAAGGUCAUUUCCGCUGAUCUGAGUGCUGGUAUAGAAGGCACGGCACUUUUAAAAGCUUUCUCUAACACGAAACCUACCCUUUUGCACUUUUUAUUCUGUUAUUUAGUGUUUCUUUUGAUCUCUCAGCAUUUUACAGGUCAUUCCGAGGGAAUAAAACGCGAUAUUAUCCGACCAAAUGAGCAGAAUGAAUUGUAUUCUCAAUAAAACCGAAUCGAUUUCUGUUGUGUUAAAUUAUUCCUAAAUUACUGUAUGAUUAAUUGUGUUUUAAAUUAUUUGUAACUCCUAAUUUCUAAUUUAUAAACCACAGAUUGUUUGCUCAGGAAGUUUUGUGAGGAAUAUUUAUUUAUUUUUUCUUUUUGUAUUUGAUGUUUUGUAAUGUGAUAUGAAUUUUUUUGUGUAAAAGAAAAAAAUCAUAGUAUAAUACACGGUACUGUAAAUGAUUUAGUUUGUUUUUUGUUUUUAAAACUGUUCAUUUCUCUUCAGUUGGAGUAGUUUGUAUAUCAGGAUUUCCUUACAGAUUUCAUAAGCAGUACUGCGCUGUGUUGUACAGUUUGUGUAUGGUAGAAAUAAACUAUUGAAAUGA